GGGAAAGAGGAAUUGCUAGGUUACCCUAUGGAGCAGGGAUUGUUGAGCCCGAAUGGUGAGUAUGAUCUUGCCGAUAUCUACAAGGCCUGGAAUCUUGGUCGCCACUGGAUUAUGUGGCGCCAGUUCUUGAUGAAUUUCCUCUGUAAUGCCUUCACUGGAUAUGGGUGUUAUAUGCUUACCAUACACUGGCCCCCUCAGCUAUCCCGUCAGGUAUCUGUAGCGCUUGGAUGCAUAGGAUUCUUCGUGUCCAUGAUCUCAACAGGAAUUAUGCUCUCUCACCAUGGUCGAAAGAAAAUGAUCACUUACGGUUUUCUUGUUGGGGGCAUUAGCGGUAUUUUUUCUGCAAUGAUCACGAAUCAGUGGCUGGUGUUUCCGCUGGUGGUGAUAUUAUUUUGUGGAUUUUUCACUCCCGCAACAAUACCUUUGCCUGAUGAUUGGAUCGACGGCGGCAGUUUGGCUCUGUUCAUAAUGGUUAGCUUCGUGAGGUAUAUGACUUACAUGGCUUGUACUCGGGCUGCCAUCGUUGCUCCACCAGUCGGAUGGCAAGUUCCAGCCGUUGCACUUGUGGGAUCAAGCGCUGCUAUUGUCUAUGCGAUGCUGGUUCACUUCUACAUGUUGCAGUCACCACUAGAAAUUCUAGACCCUGGUUGUGAUGGUUUAACGGAAAGGGAUAUGGACCAGCGGCUUGCUAUUCGACAAGAGAGGGCCAUUGAAGCUUUGAGGGAGUUUGCAGAGGCCACAGGGAAGACUCUACCAGAAAACCUGAAGAGCCUUAGGACAGUUUGUGGAAACACCAACAGUUUGUAGUUGGCUUGUGUGUGUCUGAGAGCUCAUGAAUACAAGAUCCCAUAGAGGGCACUGAAAAGUUGUGCUCCAUGCUUUUGCAAUCUUUUAAA